AUGGCUGGAGGAAACUGCACUGAAGUGGACGAGUUCAUUCUUUUAGGAUUCACAGAUCAUGUUGCCCUACGGCGUGCACUCUUUGUGAUAUUUUUACUGAUUUAUAUUACCACUGUAGUGGGGAAUAUUGGGAUCAUUGUGAUUGUGAAAACUGACUCUCACCUUCAAACCCCCAUGUAUUUCCUUCUCAGCAACUUAUCCUUCUUAGACCUCUGCUACUCAUCCGUUGUCACCCCCAAGAUGCUGGUGAACUUCCUGGUACAGAGGAAAGUCAUCUCCUACACUGGAUGUGCCUUACAGCUCUAUUUUUAUGCAGGUCUUGCAACUACUGAAUGCUACCUUCUGGCUGUGAUGGCAUAUGACCGGUAUGUGGCCAUCUGCAACCCACUGAUGUAUACAACCAUCAUGUCCAAAACCGUCUGCAUUCCAUUAGUGGUGUUGUGCCACGUAGUCGGAUUUCUGAAUGCAUCCAUACAACUAGGAUCUCGCUUAAGAUUAAAGUGCUGUACUUCCAACAUCCUCAACCAUUUCUUCUGUGAUGGACCUCCUCUGACUCUUCUUUAUUGUUCUGACAUCCAACUCAUUCAGAUUCUACUAUUUGCUUUUGCAGGAUUUAAUGCGGUUGCCACCACAUCCAUAGUGAUAAUCUCCUAUUGCUGUAUCCUUGCCACCAUCCUCCAGAUGCACUCACUGGACGGCAUUUAUAAAGCAUUCUCCACAUCCUCUUCCCACCUGAUAGCUGUCAGCACUUUCUAUGGGACUCUUCUCUUCAUGUACCUGCGGCCUAGCUCCAGCUAUUCCUUGGAGCAAGACAAGAUCGUGGCACUCUUUUACACUGUGAUCAUUCCUAUGCUCAACCCCAUCAUAUAUAGUUUAAGGAAUAAAGAAGUUAGAAAUGCCCUGAAAAAAACAUUUCAAAGAAUAGCCAUUUUCAG